CCCUGCUCUUCAACACAGAUUCAGAGAGAAGAGCAGCACACAGCGCAUCAACAUUAUCGAAACAUCAAACAAUCCAAUGAUGGAUUCUAACAACAGAGGCACCUUGUGGAUGAUGCUCAUUCUCUUCCUACUGCCACACCCCACCUGCAGCAUGUCCUGCCCCAGCAGCUGCCUGUGUAAUUUUAAAGGUGCUGUGAAGUGUGUUGGCGCGACCAUCACAGAUAUACCAAAGCAGCUGCCUGGCCACACAUACAUGCUGCAACUUGAUGGCACAAACAUGACCGUCAUAAAUGAGCAGAGCUUGGCGAACAAGGACCUCCUGCUGCGUUUCAGUCUGACUCGCAGCCAUCUACACUCUAUCCAUCCCAGGGCCUUUCACAUUGCUCCGCAGCUCAAGUCUGUCAAGCUGUCAUCCAAUGAUCUCUCUAGCCUUCCCCCUGGGGUUUUCAGUUCACUGACCACACUGGAACAGCUGCAUUUAGAUGGGAACCAAUUGGAGACCAUAGCUCCGGAUAUGCUCGAAGGACUUGUUGGGUUGAGGGAUCUGGAUCUGAGCAAGAACAAACUGCAAAAUCUUUCUUCAACAGUUUUUGAUGGACUGAGCAAACUCCACUUUCUGAACCUUGGCAGGAACUUCAUAAAGAGGCUUCCGCCUACCAUCUUUCAGUCCUUGACUGAACUUCAAGAGCUUGUGAUCUAUAAUAAUGACCUACAGGUGCUAGAAGCUGGAAUCUUUGAUGGACUUGUCAACCUUGAGGAGCUGAAACUACAUCACAACCAGAUUACCAGCAUUCCUCCUCAGGUGUUCUUGCCUCUGAGGAACCUUAUGAUCCUCACCUUGUCCUCCAACCAACUUGAGGCAAUCCCCGAAAAGAGUUUCUAUAACAUGCCCAUGCUGAAAAAGCUUACGCUCUACAACAACCCACUAUUGUCUCUGCCAGACCAGCUAAUGGGUUACAUGCCUGACAUGAGAGAAUUUUACUUGUAUUCCACUAACCUCACCACUGUUCCUGGAAAUUUGUUUGCAAACAUGUCUGGAUUGCUGACCCUUAAUUUCCACUUAAAUGAUUGGCUUCAUGAGUUGCCUUCAGAUCUCUUCUGCUGCCUUCCCAACCUUAACAAGCUCUCACUGAAAUCUAACAAUCUUGUUUAUUUACAUCCUCAACUGUUUUACAGACUAACUACACUGGGUAUGCUGGUCCUUAAUGACAAUAAGCUGCAAAGCCUACCAGAAAAUAUCUUUCAGAACCUAAGAAAGGUUCGGUCAAUUGACUUGAAGAAUAACAACCUCAAGACUCUCCCAGGAGAUAUUUUCUUGUCAAAUUCAAAUUUAAGUUCCCUUACUCUGAGUGGUAACCCGUGGGACUGUACAUGCAGUAUUAGACAUAUUGCAAAAUGGAUAAAGCAUAAUGAGCAUGUGGUCCUUGACAGGGAUGAUGUGAUGUGUCAUAGUCCAAUGUACCAAAUGCUUCGUACCGUUGGCUCUCUGUCUGAUGAGGAGUUCAGCUCUUGCGAUGCUGCAAAUCUUUUUCCUAUGCAAACUGGCUUGCAUAAGCCAACAAAACCAUCCCACUCCAUUUUAACCAGUGGACAAACACCCUUUGCUUCAACAAGCGCACCACCCACAACAACAUCAGCCAUUACUCAAGCAGAUACCCAACAAGUCAUCAUUCCAACUAUGAAACCAUCUGUCUUACAUACCACAAUCCCAUCAACAUCUCUCCAAACCCAGAGAGCCAGCUUACAUAACAAGGAGCUUAUUCUCAACACUCAGACUUCAUCUCUACCAGCUGACAUGUCAGUUCCUUUCUAUGAUAAAUUGGUGGUUGAACAGGGACCCGAGUUUGUGCACCACAGCUUUCACAAGGGCUGGAUCUAUGUAUGGGUUCUUCCCUCGAAUACGGCCUUGGUCGGGUUCCUCAUGUUUUGUCACAUUCUUCUUGUGACCACAGGCUUGUUCCUCAUUCUUGCUGCCAUGUAUCAAAUGUAUCGCCUCACGAAGAUCACGAAUGAGCUAGAGGCUGAGUGUGCACAUAUUCCAGGGUAACAAAACACGUUAUCAGGCAGUGGUGCACAGGAGACCAAGAUAAACUGUCCUUUUCUAGGGGCUGCAGUUUCUAAAAGAUUAUCUUCAAAUGUUACUUUAGGCCAGUCAGACUUGGAAUAUGGAACCAAAAAUGCUGUGAUAAAAUGAAAGCUAGAAUUAUUUUAAAAUACAGUAUUUAUGUUAUAUAAUACAGUACAGUAAAUAAUACAGUAUGUAAAUAAAAUGUGAGCUAUAUUGAUGUAUGUUUUUUAACAUUGUUUGCAACUGUUUGAUCAUAAUUUUAUAUAAUUUGAUGUAAACUGAUAAAGAUGACUCAUUGGGCUCCGGGAGGUGGUGAUGGGUGUUCAUGGGUGUUUCAUUUCACUUCUUUUUCACUGCAGUUAAUGGUCCAAGCAAUUAAUCAAUUAAUCAGGAACAAAUUUGGAAGAUCAAUAAUAGAAAAACUCACAAGAAUGUCAGCUUUAGUUUUAAGUUUUGAACUAAACAUGUAUACAUUUUCUUCCUUUGCUAUCUCCUUUCCUAAGUUGCACAAUAAAUGCUAUACAUACCAAUGUCCAACAGUAUGUGUGUGUGUGUGUAAGUUUUUCAUGUUCUGUUUAGUGUGCAUUGUCACUGGUAAAUAAAUAUAUCAAUAAAUCUGCUUUUCUCUUACGAAAGCAAACCUUACAUAGAGUGCAAUGUUACACUUCAUAAAUCAAAGUCAGGCGAAUCGAGUGGUUUGCUUCUCUCUCGUGGUGAAAACUGCACACUGCAUGAAGAGACAUCACAACAUUGUCUAGUUAGAUAUUCCUGACUGUAUGACUCAUAAACCAUCUUUAUUAUGAUACUGAUCCCGUAAGGUCUUGGAUCCAAUUGCUACAAUGUAAGGUGUGGCCUUGAUAGGAUGCAGGCAGAUAACAGAUGUGGAAAAAUAACCUUGUAAUCACCAGAAAAGGCAGGAAUACCAUCAUUGUGACAUAGCUUGAGGGAAUUUCUUUAUUUUCAUAUAUUGACGGAUUACACAAAAGUUACAGCUUUUGCGUAAUUGGUCAAAAUGUCUCUCUUUCAGUGUUGGCCUAUAAACAAUGCUUGUUUGUUGAAUACUUUAUUUUCACACAGCUGAGGUAUUUAAAAAUAACUA